AUGAGUGAAGAAAUAAUAUCAAAGAAGCCAUCUAAACCACAGGCAUCAAGAAAGGGUAAAAGAGCCUGGAGGAAGAAUAUUGAUAUUCAAGAGAUUGAACAAAACUUACAAGACAAAAGAGAUGAAGAAAUUGUACUUGGGAAGGAAGUUACAGAUGAUUUUGUUAUUGAUGAUACACCUAGUAGUAAAUCAGGGAAAUUGCCAAAGAAAUUGAAAACCAAGGAGAUUUUAACUAACAAAUCUAAAAUACCUGCAUUAACCAACCAAAGACAUCAAAAAAAGGGAGAGAACACUAUUCAGGGGGUCAAAAAAACUGAUCUUUUAAGAUUGAUUCAACUAAAUGGAGGGAAAUUUAAAAGUGAGGAUAAGUAUGUUAAUCGUUUGGAACAAGACGGAAUUGUGAAUGGCUCAAGUCAAGAUUUAUGGGAUGACACUGAUAAUAAUGAAAAGAAAAAGAUUCCUGAUUUUAUGAAAUCUACUGCAGAAGUGACCAAAGCGUCGGUUGUUCCUAAAACUUUGAAAGUGAACCCAAUCAAAAUUACAUCUAAUGAAUUAACAGAUAAGAAAAUUCAUGCCGGUAAAUCGUAUAAUCCAUCUUUAGAAUCUUGGAAAGAGUUGAUUAAUCAAGAGUAUGACAUUGAAUAUAAACGCGAGUUAACUAGACAACAAAUCGAGGAACAUCGUAAUAAGAUCAAGGAGUUGAUGAUUACUUUAGAUGAUAAUAUGUUAUCCGAUAGUGAUGAUGAUGAGGAUGAUGAAGAUAAUGACAAGGUGGAAGAGGAAGAACAGUUGAACGCAAAUGGUGAGAAGGAUUACUCGUUAUCUAUAAAUAAACCUAAUAAAAUCAAGAUCAAAACCAAGACUAAAAGAAACAAAGAGUUGAAGCAUAAAGAAAGAGUGAAGUUGGAGCAACAAAUCAAAGACUUGAAGAAACAGUUAAAAGACUUGUCAAAUUUGGAUGAAAUUUUAGAAAAGCAAGCAGUUAAAGAUCAGAGUCAACCAAAUGAAAAGAAACGCAAGAGAAGAGAAAAAUUGUUCAAGUAUUCACUUGUCGAAACUCCAUUGGAAGUUAAAUUAUCUGAUGAGUUGAGUGGGAACUUGAAGAAUUUGAAACCAGAAGGUAAUUUGUACUACGAUCAAAUGUUGAGUUUACAAUCUAGUGGGAAAAUCGAAUCCAGAGUGCCUGUUAACAAGAAAAGGAAGUAUACUAAAAAAAUCACUGAAAAAUGGACUUACAAAGAUUUCAAGUAA